AAGAGUGCCGCAGUACCACAGAGCGCCCCGUGAUGAAGAGGCUCGAUUUCAACGCCUGACCGAGUGUCUCCAAGAGUGUGUCCUUGCUCCGAGAAGUCGCCAUGGCAUACAAUCUGUUGCUUUCCGUCUACAUCCUCACCUUCCUCAUGGGAGUUCCUGCCAACAUCCUCGCAUUCGGUACCUUCUGCCGCAAGGUGUAUCGCAAGGCAACCCCGAUAGACAUCCUCCUCCUAAACCUGACCAUCUCAGACCUAAUUUUCCUGGCGUUGCUGCCCUUUAAAAUGAAGGAGGCCAUUGACAACAUGGACUGGCUGAUGCCCUAUUCGCUGUGUCCCUUAACUGGUUUUCUGUUCUACGUCACCAUCUACAACAGCACCCUGCUGCUCACUGCUGUGAGUGUGGAGCGUUACCUGGGGGUCGCCCACCCCAUCAGGCAUUCCCUCUGUCGCCGGCCUCGGUACGCUGUGUUGGCCUGCAUCAUGUUCUGGUUGUUAACCUCUCUGAACCUCAUCGUUGUGUACAUCAUGCCUUACAGCCAGUGGAAAAACAGUGUAGGCAACGGCCACACCAAUGGCAGCACACCUGCCCCACCUCCAUCCACCUGCUACCUGAAAUUCUCUGAUAAAGAGCUUGCGAUCCUGCUGCCGUUCCGCCUUGAGCUCUUCCUCGUCCUCUUCUGCGUACCCUUCAUCAUCUGCUGCUUCUGCUACGUUAACUUAAUCCUCAUCCUGUCCCGUAUUCCAAAUAUCAGCAGGAGGCGGAGGCUGCGAUGCAUCGGUCUGGCUCUUGGCACACUGAUUGUAUUCUGUGUCUGUUUUGGGCCGUAUAACGCCUCCCACGUUGUGGGCUUUGUCAAUGAGGAGAAUCAGGACUGGAGGAACGUGGCAUUGCUUUCCAGCACUUUAAACGCCUGCCUGGAUCCUUUUAUCUUCUACUUCUCCUCAUCAGCAGUUAGAAGCAUGUUAAAACACUGCUUCAGGAACAUCGCAGCAAAGCUGCACAUCCUGAGGUGCGGAGGUACUCAUCACUGUCCUCAACAGAAUCCAGAAACUGAAAAAUACAAGCAAGCAGCUCCUUCUUGA